AUGAUGCGGCGCGGCUUCCUCAUCUCCAAGAAAGCGCAAGAACCCGAAGUAACGACCAUCAAACGCGCGAAUUCUCGAGAAGAACCUAUCCGCCUUGCUCUCGAAAAGCCAGGUUCGUGGCCGACAAAUGUUCUUGCUACCAACAGUAACUGUGUACAGUUCAUAUCCCUGCUGAAGGUUACAAAACGAAGUUCCAGCUUGUCGACGGGUGGGGCGACGACCCCGGAUGGUCCAACUCACAUUGUGACCACUCUCCCUCCUCUUAACAACAACGAACCCAACACCCAGUGUUUGCUCCUCCAAGGCACCAAACAGGUUAUCCUGAGUACUCCUGGCUUCCCGAAACCACUUCCGCCACCACCUGCAAGUCCUGCAUUUCGACUUGGGCCAUCGCCCGGCAAAGGCAUGGGUCUAUUCAGCACCCGUCAAAUCAAGCAAGGCGAAAUCAUUCUGUGGGAGCGACCAUUGCUCAUCAUGGCAUCUGGAAUUCCUAUCGCCUUUCCUGCUAGUUUCUCAGAGGCACAGCGGGCACAGCAUGCACUCAACGACCUCGAGUUUUAUAUGGAAACAGCGGUCAGUCGCAUGAAGCCGGAUCGUCGUGCUGCCUUCAUGGGUCUUCACAACUGCCAUAAGAAGGACGGGUCAGGGCCAUUGAUGGGCAGAGUUCGGACGAACGGAAUCUCUCCGGCGAGCCAGACAAAAACAGAGGUGGAUGUCAAGAUGGCAGACCAUUCCGUGGUGUCAGAGCAUAUAUCGCGUCUCAACCACAGUUGCUCUCCAAAUACGCAGCCGCGCUUUGACUUUGCGACAUUCGCACACCAGCUCUAUGCCGUCCGUGAUAUUGCUGAAGGAGAAGAACUCACGCUCCAAUAUGUCGAUAUUUUGGUGAACAAGACCGAGCGGGCAGAAAACCUCAAACCCUACGCUGUUGUCUGCACGUGUACUGCUUGCACCGAAAAUCCGAGAGAGAGCGACAAACGGCGUUCGGCCAUCGCUAGCUUUAUGCCUAGUGUCCCGGUUUGGGCUGUCAACCGCCAGCUGUCGGACGACUGGCUGAUCAAGAAAAGCCUCCAGAUCCUCGAAUUCAUCGAAAAAGAAAAGGUUGAGCAUGUUGCAAUGUACAACAACGCAACGGCCACGGUCAUGGAUGCCUACAUUUGCCUGGGCGACCGUCAGAACGCGAGCAAGUGGGCAGCAAAAGUGAUGAUUCGACACCGUUGGGCGGAGGAGUACAAACGAGUCGAGGAAUUUCUGGAUCCGGACAGCCCUGCGUAUGUGCAGCACCCGCUUUGGCGACUACGCGUGGACGAAAAUCCGACCAAUGCCAAGGGGGCAAUGUAUAAACUGAUGGCAGAGGCGUGCGGGCCAGGAGGAGUGUCGACGAUGAGCAAUGGCAUGGGCCUGUUUACGUUUGCACAGGGCCAAGAGAUUCCACCGGAAACUCUCAAGAAAGUGCUUGCCAUGGUCAAGCAGGGAAAAUGA